GCACCAGUUCCGGCAACUCAGCAGAGCUCAUUCUUGUGGCCAGAAAGGGCUUCAGCAUCCUAGAGACCUACCCACAGGAACGCACAGCCACCAGCGCGCACACACUCUCACAGACAAGGCACGUCCACAGGGGCACACCCACAGCAGAGGCAAGCACGCCCCUAGGAGAAACACUGGCAGGCAAAGCUCUCACACACUGCAAAGCAGACCCACGUAGACAAGGCACACGUAGUGACCGCGAGCGCAAACACACAUGCACAGAAACACUGGCAAGCAAGGCUAACAGAUGCUGAGAAUUUGACCCAAGGCAAACACACAUACAUAUACAUACACACACACACACAAGCAUCUACAGGAACGCACACAAACAGGGACAUUAGAGGCAGAUCCACGCAGGCAAAAAAAACCACAGAUGCACAUGUUCUGAGGAACAAUCACAGAUUUACAAACAGGACACCAAGAAAUGCACACAAGGAAACACACUUACUGAAGAACUCAUUCUUUCUCUCUUCCUCUCCUCCUCCCCCUGUCUUUUCUCCCUCUCCCCCCCCCUUUCACAAACAAACACGCACGCACGCACGCACAUACAUUAAAGCACUUCCAAACUCUCCUACCCCAGGCAAGCACGCGCUAUCCCUGCCUAAGGGCUACUGGCUCUUGAUUUAUCUGCUGCAGGAAGGCAUCAAGAAUGUAGCCCCACCAAUUCCAGUCCACCCCAUGCCAGCUUGGAGGGCAUAGGAUAGGUAGCCCUGACCUGCCACAGGGAACAGAGCUGGCCAGGGAGGAUUGCAUCUAGGAGGGCCACAAACUUGCUGUUCCUCUUCUCUGCAGAACCUCCAGGCUCUCGAUGGAGCUGCUGCUGCUGUUGCUGCCCAUCUUGUGGCCAUCCUGGCUCCCAGGUACCCAGGCAAAGGUUGACAGAUGCAAUGAGACAGCCUCAGAGGGGCCUGCAGAGGUUGAAGCAAUGCCUAGCAAGAGUGGGACCCUCCUAAAUGUGAGUGUCAGUGACCAGGGCCGCUCGGACUCUCUCUUCCUGUCCUGGGAUGAACCAGAGGGGGACGCUCUGGGCUACUCCCUGGCCCUCUACACGCUGGACCCGGACUUGCUGCUGCAGAAUGGAUCAGCUGGACCCAACGCCACCAGCUUCCAGUUCCAAGGGCUCGUUCCAGGGACGCGCUAUCGUGCUGAGGUCACUGCUGCUCUAACUUGUGCAGCAGUCAGAGAGGUGGUGACUGGACAGACAAGCCCAUCACCUGUACACAACGUGAGCCUGAGCAACCGUGGGAGCACCUCAGCCCUGCAUGCCUCCUGGGUGGAUGCCUCCGGCAAAAAGGAUGGCUACCGGCUCGUCCUCUAUCACCUUGAUUCCCAGGUGGCUGUGCGCAAUGAGUCUGUCCUCGCAGAUGUCUCCACGUUCCUGUUUGAGGGGCUGCUGGCUGGCAGUGAGUAUGCCCUGAAGAUCACCACGCUAGCCGGAGCUAGCCAGGCCAGCACCAGCCUCCACCAGUGGACAGCACCCUCUGCCCCAGAAGAACUGAGGCUCCAGAACCUGGGCUCCAGCACCAGCCUCUUUGCCUCCUGGACCAGUGCUGGGGGAGCUGCCUGGCUGCACCUCAAGCUUCACAGCCUCCUCUCCUCAAAAGUGAGCAAGGCCAUAUCCACCAAGAGAGGCCUCACCAACUACACCUUCCAGCACCUGGACCCUGGCACCGAGUAUCACCUGGCGGUGAGUGCCACGGCUGGAACCUACAUGGCAUCAGGACCCAAUGCCACAGCCUGGACAUGCCCACUAAGCCCAACCAAUGUGUCCUUGAGCAGUGGUGGGGACAAUGGCUCCUUGCAAGCUCAGUGGAGCUCCCCAGCUGGGAACAGAGACUUUUAUCUGGUGACCUUGCAGCAGGACGAGAGUAAAACCCCCACCAGGAAUGUGUCUGUGGGAGGAGACAGCACUCGCAUCACAUUUCACAGUCUGAGCCCUGGGACGCAGUACACCGUGCAGGUGACAGCAAUGGCUGGCCCUUACAGAGCAUCUUCCCAGAGUGCAGCCACCUGGACACAACCUGUAGCACCACCUGGUGCAAGCCUCUCCAGCCAGGGAAGCCCCUCUACCCUGCACGCUUGUUGGGAGGAGGCUACUGGAUCAGGAUAUAAGGUAGAGCUAUACACCAUGGAGCCUCAUGUACUGGUGUUGAGCAGUUCUGUACAGAGAAGCAUCACCAACCUUACCUACGAGGGGCUGAGCCCAGGGACCCAGUACACCCUUGUGAUCAGGACGAUAGCUGGGCUGCAUGCCUCUCCACCCCUGCGGAUCGCCAAUUGGACAUAUCCAUUGCCACCAGAAGAGCUGAGCCUCAGCAACCGUGGACACAGCACCUCAUUGUACGCCUCCUGGAAAGGAGCUCCUGCUGUCAGUAUCAUUCACUACAGAGGUGUCCUUUUUGAGACCAAGUCUCAGGUACAGAUCAGAAAUGUGUCCCUGGAGAAAAGCUGGACUAAUAUCACCUUUGAGGGGCUGAGCCCUGGGCUUCAGUACACCCUGGAGAUGACUGCUGUGGCUGGACCUUACAAAUCCCCCAUGUGCACAGCCAUGGACUGGACAUACCCUUUGGCUCCAUCUGGCGUGACUCUGACCACUAAAAAACAUUCCUUCGGUCUCUCUGCCUUUUGGGACAAGGCUUCUGGUGACAGGGACCAGUUCCUACUCCAGCUGUACAGCAGGGAGCACCCAGUGCAAAGGAACAUCUCAGUUGGGCCGGACACCCAGAACUUCACUUUCCUAGGGCUUCUUCCUGGAACUCAGUAUUUCCUAGAGGUGACAGCACUGGCAGGGCCUUACAGCGCCUCAUCACAGCCUGCAACCGAGUGGACAUACCCUUUGUCACUGGCUAAUGUGAGUGUAAGCCAAGGCCAGAGCCCCCAGGAGCUGCAUGUGAGCUGGAUGGAGUCAGGUGGGGGCAGAGACCACUGGGUGCAGCUCUAUGCCGAUGAAUCGCUGUCCAUCAUCAGGAAUGUGUCUGUGCCACGCGGUGUCACCCAUGUGGAUCUGGAUGGUCUUGUGCCCGGGGCACGGUAUCGUGUGGAGAUCAUCUCUCAGGCCGGACCCCACCGCACCUCUUCCCAGACAGCCAUCGGCUACACAGCCCCACUGAUGCCGCUCCACCCACUGGUAACCAAUGGUGGCAGCACCUCGGCUCUGGCUGUGCACUGGGAAGCUCCUGCUGGGCAGAGAGAUGGAUACCUGGUGAACGUGUCUGACGAGGGCUCCUCGGCUGCAAGGAGACGUGUGGCUGCAGGGAAGAAUAGCACCAGUGUCACCGUGGUGGGGCUAGCACCAGGAUCUUGCUACCACGUUGAACUCUGGGCAGUGGCCGGAGCCUACAGCUCUGACCUCCAGAACAUCACUGGCUGCACAGUUCCUGCUGCUCCGAUGAACGUGAGCCUCACCAAUGCAGGCAGCUCCUCAGUGCUGCAUGCUGCCUGGGCUGAGCCUCCUGGGGGCCGGGACUACUACAGGGUUAUUCUAUACAGCCUGGCAUCCCAGACCACAGAGCGAACUCAGUCUUUGGGGCCUGGUGCCGAGAACAUCACCUGGACACACUUGGCUGCGGGAAGCAAGUUCGCUGUGCAGGUCACUGCUGUCAAAGGCCCAUAUGAAUCCUCCUCUCCUAACAUCACCCAAUGGACCUACCCCCUGGCCCCUGCUAACCUCACCUUGGCCAGCCCCUCUGCUUUCACCCUGCAGGCCUCCUGGACAGGGGCAGAGCAGGGAGGUGAGGGCUACACCGUGGAGCUGUAUGAGACCUCCUCUGGCAGCCUUGCCAGCCGGGUCUCACUUGGCUGGGAUGCAAGGAACCACACCUUCUGGAGCCUGAGCCCAGGCACCUGUUACAGCAUGAGAGUGAGCGCUGCAGCGGGGCCUUAUCAUGCCAUUGCCCCCAACCUCACCCACUGGACACGUCCUCUGGCCCCACCAGCUGUGCACCUGGUGAAUGAGGGGCACCCUGACAGGCUGAGCGCAUCAUGGGGAGCAGUGGCAGGGAGCCAAAACAGCUACACGCUAAUCCUGUGCCACGCGGGAUCAGGCACCAUGGUUACAAGGACCUCUCUUGGGAAAGAUGCCCACAACUUCACCUUUGAAGAUCUGGCCCCAGGACAUGAGUACUUGCUGGAGGUUGUCUCCGCAGCUGGACCCUAUUGGGCAUCAGCUGCCAACGUCAGCAAUUGGACCUGCCCUCUGGCCCCAUUGGCCCUGCGCCUAGUGAACGAGGAGCACCCCGACAGGCUGAGUGCAUCCUGGGAAGCUGCAGCAGGGAGCCGAGACAGCUACAUGCUAACCCUGUACCAUGCAGGAUCAGGCACUGUGGUGGCAAGUGUCUCCCUUGGGAAAGAUGCCCACAACUUCACCUUUGUGGGCCUGGCCCCAGGACACAGGUACAUCCUGGAAGCCGUCUCCAAGGCUGGGCCCUGCUUGAUGCCCGCGAGGAACAUCAGUGACUGGACAUACCCGCUGCCACCCCUUAAUGUGUACGUGACAAACCAGGGGCACCCUGACAGGCUGAUGGCAUCGUGGGGUGCAGCUGCUGGAGAACGAGAUGGCUACCUGCUCACCCUGUACUAUGCAGGCUCGGGUUCUGUGGCAGCCAAUGCUUCUGUUGGGAGAGAUGCCAACAAGUUCACCUUCUCACGCCUGGCUCCAGGGCACAAGUAUUUGCUAGAGGUGGUCUCUAUGGCUGGGCCGUACAUGGCAUCAGCAGGCAACAACAGUGACUGGACAACCCCCUUAGUCCCAGCGGAUCUCUCUGCGGUGAUUGGGGAGAAUCGCACGCUGCUGUCGGUGUCAUGGGGACCCUCCUCCAGCCAGCAGGACUACUGCCAGCUAUGGCUGCGUGAACCUGGGAACAGCACUCUCCCACAACGGCACACCCUGGCCCAGGGGCAGGUCCAGCAUGUGUUCUGGGGGCUGGUCCCAGGCAGAAAUUACUCGGUUUCCUUGAGCUGCGUGGCCGGGCCGUAUUGGAGCAGCACAGGAGUCUUGGUAGUGCCAGUAGAACCCAACCCGGUGAAGGACAUGCAGUGUCUGCCUGACUCCAAGGCCUUCUACCUGAACUGGACAGUGCCCAGUGGAGACGUCGAGGCCUACGAGCUCAUGGUAGAGAGACCGUCCAGUGGAGCUCUCCAGCCUGAGAUCCACAUGAGCAUUCCCGGGAGUGAGGCCAGUCUGGAGGGCUUGGUGCCAAACUCUUCGUACCGAAUCAGCCUGAGAGUGCUGGGCAGGAAUGGGAUGCGGAGCUGGGCCGUGACUCUUCUCUGCAACACUUCAGUGGAGGUCCUGCCCCCACCGGUUCUAGCAGACGUCCUCCAGUUCGAGGCUGGCUCCAGAGUUGUCAUCUCCUCUGACAUGUUCAGCGAGGAGAAUGGCCAGAUCCAGUAUUAUGGUGUCAUCGCCACCACCAACGAGUCAUUGCUAAGGCCCACCCAGGAGAUUGUGACCACCACCUGGUAUGACCAUUACUAUGGGCAGGAGGACUCAUACCUCGCUGUGCUUAUCCCCAAUCCUUUCCACCCGAGCCAUAGGAGCACUCCCAAAACGUGGGCCGUGCCAGUGGGAACGGAGGAGUGUGGCCAUUCCCGGAAGACCUGCAAUGGGAAGCUGAAGGCAAAUGUCCAGUACAGAUUCAGCAUUGCUGCUUUCACCAAAUAUGACCAGUUAGACCCUGCUGUGUCAUUCACAUCAUUUUCAGCUGCUGGUGCAGAUGCAACUCCUUUUCCAAUCCCAAUCGUGGCUGGAGUCAUCACAGGUUUUCUCUUGACACUCACAGCAAUCUUUGGAUUGGUCUACUGGAAGCGAGCACGAGCCAAAAGAAACAAGAAGAGUAACUUACCCCAAGAAAUGUCAACUUACAGCUUGAGAAACGUGCAUCGGCCAGUCCCCAUACAGAGCUUCAAACAGUAUUACGAGAUGAAGACAGCAAAUGCCAACAAUGCUUUCUUCCAGGAGUUUGAGGAGCUGAAGGAAGUCGGGAAGGAGCAGCCUAAAGUGGAGGCAGAACUUCCUGCCAAUGUCUCCAAGAACAGACACCCCCAUGUGCUGCCCUAUGACCACUCAAGAGUCAGGCUGAGCCACCUGGAUGGGGAACCCCACUCUGACUACAUCAAUGCCAACUUUGUCCCUGGCUACACCUCCCAACAGGAGUUUAUUGUCACCCAGGGACCUCUGAAGAAAACCAUCGAGGACUUCUGGAGGAUGGUCUGGGAGCAUAAUGUCUGUAACAUCGUCAUGUUGACAGUGGGCAUGGAGAAUGGGCGGGUGCUGUGUGAACACUACUGGCCUUCGGAAUCUGCUCCCGUCUCCUACAGGCAGAUCCGCGUCCACCUGCUGACCCAGAGCAGCUCUGAUGAGUGGACCAUGCGUGAGUUCAAACUCUGGCAUGAGGGCCUGAAGGUGGAGAGACAUGUGACCCACCUACACUACACAGCUUGGCCUGACCAUGGCAUUCCUGAGUCCACAACUUCCAUAAUUGCCUUCAGGGAGCUGGUGCGAGAACACAUCCAGACUGCAAAGGAUUCUGGCCCAACACUGGUGCACUGCAGUGCAGGAGUGGGCCGUAGUGGCACCUUCAUUGCCUUGGACCGGUUGCUGCAGCAGAUGAAGCAGGAGAAGGUGGUGGACGUGUUUGGCACCCUUUAUACCAUGCGGAUGAGCCGCUAUCAGAUGAUUCAGACUCUGGUCCAGUACAUCUUCCUGCAUAGCUGUAUUCUGGACAAGAUCUCAGAGGAACCACUGAUGGGCCUGUCCGGGACAGAGAUCUCCUGCCCCAUCCCUGUCAAAAGCUUCAUGCAGCAUUACACCCAGAAGUCGGCCAAGUCCAAAGCAGGCUUCCUGCGGGAGUAUGAGAUCCUUCUGGAGGUGGCAAAGGAUGAAGCCAGCUCUGCCGCACCCUCUGUAGGCAGCCAGCAGACCCGUCCCUGUUCCAGUAUUCUGGCAUAUGAUCGUGCCAGGAUUAAGUUUUCACCGCUGGAACAAGGCCCCUUCUCAGACGUCUUCCAGGCAUGGCUCAUCCCGGGCUGCAAUUCAGCUAGAGACUACCUAGCCAUCCAAGGGCCAGACAAAGUGACCAUGGAGGACUUCUGGAGUCUGGUGUGGGAACGUGGGGUCCACACCAUAGUAACCUUGCUGUCAUGUCCAGAGAAGAACCAGGUCCCAAGCGAGGCAUGCUGGCCCCUGGAGGGCGACCCAGUCUGCACUGAGAUGCUGACCAUCCAGCGCGGCACGGAGAAGCACAUCUCAGGAUGGAGGUGCAUCCAGCUCAAGCUGAAACACGAAAAGAAAGUGAAGGAGAGGCAGGUGCAGCGAUUCCUGUACCCACUGUGGGGGCGCAAGCAGCAGCCAGAUGCCCGUGCCCUGGUGGAGUUCCUUGCUGCCGUCAGACGCCACACGCCCCACAAGAAGAGAGCUGGUCCUCUGCUCCUGCACUGCAGCAGUGGCGUGGGCCAGAUGGGGACACUGAUUGCCUUGGACUGCCUGUUGCAUCAGCUGAAAGUGGAGCGGAGCGUGGAUGUCUAUGGGGUCACCCUCCGGCUGAUGAGGAGCUGCUGCCUCAUGACACCAACACUGGACCAGUAUAUGUUUCUGUACAUGUGCAUCCGGGACAUCCUUGCCCAAAGACUGCCCUAAAAAGAGAACAGCAGUUCCUGCCACAACCCUGUGCCUUUACUCCUGCUUUUGCUUCUGAAAAGGUGUUGGGCUGUGCAGGGAACAGAGCACUGUAGGACUGUUUGCACAAACAAGGCAAGGCUUCCAUUUACAGAGAAGAGGAUCUGCACGGGCCAGAGACCACAGUCCCCUCCCCAUCCCUGGAAGCCAGUUUGGAUUCUGAGGUAGGGCUGGGUUAGCACACAUCAUCUCAAGUUCUCCAUCUCUUCCAAGGAGGAUGUGCUAGGAGAGCCUAAUUCCCAUAUGCACUCUGCACCAGUCUCCCCUGGAGGCACCAUUCUCCUGCGAUAGGCAAUGCUACCAGACCUCAUGAUGCAAGCACUGAGUGGGUGGCAAGGUCCUGUCUGGGAUUCAACACUUCCUUGCUGCCUUGACGUCUCCUGGGAUUCCUGGCACUCUGGAAAUGUCAUUAAUGCAGUUACUGUGAUGCUUCGUCCAGGAUGCCUUACUGCUGUUCUUCCUCUGCCAAGCAUGGGGCAGACAGCUUUGUCAUCGAGCAUUGUCCUGCAGCCGGCAAGUCCUGCUGAGUAGGCUGAUCUCUGAAGAUGCUUGUGUCCAGGAGAAGGGCUGGGGGCUGCAGGCUCUACCCACUUCUCAGAAUACUGAGUGAACAUCCUGCACAUGCAGUGACUCAGCUGGGGCACAGUGGAAAUGGGCCUCUCCCACAACCAAUGAAUUGCUGAGCGCUGGCUAUGGAUAAUAAAGAAAACUGCCUUAGAAAACCUUGAAUGGGGGGGUGUUGAGUUGCAAGGUCCUGGACCUUCCAACAAGCAAGGCUGGGGCACAUGUUCCCUAGCGGUGGGCACCAGCCAGGACCAUGGUGUCCACAGGGCUUCUGAGCACUGCUUGCAUACACCAGUUGCUGUCAGAGCAUGACUGUUGUGUCUGUGCAGACGCUCCCUCAGCUGAGAACCAAGUUCUGGAAGAGGAGACCUCCCCAGCCAGCCCUGAGCCCGAAGACAACAGGGACAGGAGGUGCUCUCAGCACAGCCUGCGGGGAGCUCUCACCUACCUCCCGCUGCUGGGAGGAGGAGCAGGACUCUUGUUCUUCCUGGCAGCAUCACGUUUCAUGCUAGAGUCCUCUGUAUCCCCUAUCCUUAGAGCCUGUUUCGUGAUCUCUGUUAAGGUUAACGUGGAGGAAAUAUUGCAGCAGCUAAAAUUACCCACUGAUUAGGUCUCACAUGCUGCUGGCUUCUACAGGGAUGGGGGAGGAAAAUGGGGGACCAGUGUCCUCUACUAAUCUACUGGUUGCAGUAAAUACCCCCCCCAGCUGGGGUCUCCCUGAUCCCAUGAGCAUGCUAAUCCCAGUGCUUGGCUGCAACCCAUCUUGUUUCCCAGGGUUGUGUGGUCCCCAGCUGCUGGCUGUGAAGCUCCUUUCCCCCAUGGGAAACGUGGGGCCUCAUGAGGGCAAGUGAGCCCUGAGCAGGGAAUGUCUCUUCUGCUGCCUCCCGGCCUUCCACAGCCGCCAGCACAGCUCUGCCUUGCCAUCAUCCCAGCGGGCAUGCGAGCAAGGCACUGAGUAUGGAGCCCUUCUCUAGGGACUGCAGUUGGGUCCCCAGCAGGUGGCAUCAGCCUCCUUUACAACACAGGCAAAGGGAUUGGGAAUUUGGUUUCCAUCUUCCUGCUGGGAAGUGGUGCUGAGACCAGAGCUGGCAAUCUCAGGGUUGCCCAAAGGUGGUUUGUCACCCCCGGGUCAUGGCUGGUUCCCAAAAGCAGCACCAUUAAAGGAGAUAAGGGCUUCUCUAACAAGGAAAGCCCCAGCACCUCAUUCAGGAGGGAUGUCACCUGUGAGGGGUCCUAACAAGCAGCCUUGCCUGGGCUCGCUGCCUAGUGGGCCACACCUGGCUGUGGCUUUGACUGGCAGCCCUAACUCAGCUAAUGACUCCAGCUGGCUGCUGUCUGGGCCACUCGAUUGGCUUCUGGCAAGGGAUACUUACCUGGCAGGGGAAACACCAGGUAUCUGGGUCCAAGAAGGCAGUUUUCCUUAAGCGCUCCCAGGGAUAACUGUUCUUCUGGCAUGGUUUAGCACCCGCCGAGGUGUUGGGGCUUAAAGCCCACUUUAUGGAAAUGGGAGGUUCCUCCCUAGCUUGCUCGUGUGGCCAUAUGCCUGAGGGCAGGUGAAACUCGGGGGCAUCCAAACCCCAAGACUCCAGGUGUGGGCCUGCAAGUAGGCUGUCUGCCAAAAGACAUUGGAAACAUCUGAAGCCCCUGGUGGGGGUGGAUGACGUUUGCCAGUUGUAGGGCCACGUAUAGUUCUGGACUGACUCCUGGAUUUGGACUUGAUUUGGCUCAGAACAAAUUUCUUUAAAAAAACCCAACUUGAUUGGUUUCUGGGAGAGCAGUUGCCCUAUUUAGCUCUGGCUGUGACUGCAGGCUGCAGGUCAGCCAGUAGUUCCUGCUGAAAGUGUGCUCUGGUGAGCCUCUAUGAUCUAGUGCUCCUGGUUCCCUGACCCUGCUUGCUCUGUUCCUGGACUCUGACUUUUGUCUUAGAUUUGGUCUCUGACUCCUUAAUUUCAAUUUGGCUUGUGAUUUGGGCCUUGCUCCUGAGCCUAGUAACUUGGUAUCUGUUUGCCUGCCCCUGAAUUUGCCCUGUGUUUCGGACUCUGCACCUGUUUUUGGCCCUCCUUGGGUGGCCUGAUCACUAAGCCAUGCUGCCCGCAACCUGGUACCUUACAUCACUUUUUGUGGGGGAAGGAGGGGCAGGGCAAGGCACAGUGCUACACCCUCAUCCCUAUGCCCUGGUCCUGGCUGUGUCUGGGCCACUGAGGUGGUCAGGAUGCUCUGACUGCACCGUGCACAAGGGAGCUAUAGAGAGCAGGGGGCUGCACUUGCUGGGACCACCUGUGAGCCCUUGGUGAGUGGAUCCAGGGGUAACUAGGCCCUCGGGCCAGCUAGGGACAGGAGCUCAGGGGCUCUGCCAUGCAGGGAAGGCCCUGGGUAAUCCUUGAGUUGCAUGAGCAACCUUGGGCUCCUUUAAUCAGGUGAGCAGUUGGACCCACUCCUGAUCCAGCCUCUCCUAGGGAGGUAGAGGACGCCUUUACUCUUCCACAGACCCUCUCUCUUGCAGAAUGGAUGGAUGCAAAGGUUAAACCAAAAUUCCUCUGCAGGAGUGAUUGGUGCCACCUGAAUCUGCGGGGGCACCUGCAGAAACCACCAACAGUGGCAGCCCUGUCGGGGGGGCACCAGCCUUACCGACAGCAUCAGUGUCGGCUGUCAGGCAGGCACCAGCCCCGUCAGGAAGGGCAUGUGCACCCCCAUGCACCCCCUACCAGUUGCCUAUGCCCCUCCGUCCUGAGAAAACUGGCUCAGUCCCAUACAUGGGAAGCUCCCAGCUCUUGGGGCACAAGCUCAGCUAUAGCAAUGGGCCUCAUGAGGGUGUCUUCAUUUGGGUGCCUUCCCACCCACCGGUCUCUUGCUCCUUUGGCCAGUGGAAGGCUCUUCAUGGAGGAGUCAUCUCAGUCCCCACCCUCAGGCAUCUGGCCUGGGGACUGUCAUGGCCUCAGAGCUGCUCAGGAAGGUUUUGACAAAGCUAUUUUUAUUCGGAAAAAAUGCUGAUUUGUCAACACUAAAAGUGUUUGCGGAAAAUUUCUUUGACACUUCCUGAAAAGGAAAAAAGGAUUGGAAUUACCGAACUGUCUGUUCUGAUGCUGCCUGGAUUCAAGCCGUAUGUUUUGUCUGAAAUAAACUGAAGCUAGAAAUGAAAA